CGCCAUUUUCUACUAGUAGUCGUUCGCGCGGGGGAAUAAUCAUUUCAUGUUCUUUCAUCGAUUGAUUACUUCUCUCUCUUCGUAUCUCUUUUUCCAAUUUUGAAUCUUUCUGUCCAUGCACCUCUCCACGUCCAUCACCAGGAUUUCAAAAAUAACAAAACAAUGAACGCCGAAAGCGAAGACAGAUCUCUGGGUCCCUACCGACGCUGAGGUGCGAAAAUAUGGCUCAUCUCCAAAUAAAUAUGGACGGAGGGAGUAAUAUUGGUAAGUUCAUGGACUAAUUUGAAUCUACCUCAAAGAUAAGGUACUAUUGUUGUCAUUUUCUCUCAUCAAAAUCAAAACCACUUGUGCUUUUCUCUAAGCUUCGACACUUUCACUCCCACAAAUACCAAAUCUUCAAUUUUCCCCUUUCCAAAUCUUCAUGUCAAUUAUUAUCUCAUAAAUAAUCCAAAAAAAAAAUAAAAAAUAAAUCACUCCAUAUAGAGGGUUGCAAAAAUGGUGAGAAUUUUGCCUAUGGCAUCAUCAAUUAGGCCUUCACUUUCAUCCCUCAAGUUUUCUGGCUCAUCAUCUCGAUUCUCUGUAUCUCUUUUGUCACAUAAUUCUACAAGGAAAUUCAGUUAUUGUCAUUCGGCAGUUCCACAGUUGCAAUCUUUUGGCCUUAAAGCUUCUAAGCUGUUAAGAGAAAAGGGAGGCAGUUUGUCGAUCAGUGCUGCUGCAGGAAAUAUGUCGCAUGCAAGCACUGCUGCUACCCAAGAAAAUGUCCUAGAAUGGGUCAAACAGGACAAGAGAAGAAUGCUCCAUGUUGUUUACCGUGUUGGAGACCUUGACAGAACGAUCAAAUUCUAUACAGAGUGCUUAGGGAUGAAAUUAUUGAGAAAGCGUGACAUCCCUGAGGAAAGAUACACAAAUGCGUUUCUAGGAUAUGGACCGGAGGACUCUCAUUUCGUGAUUGAACUCACUUAUAAUUAUGGAGUUGACAAGUAUGAUAUUGGAUCUGCGUUUGGCCAUUUCGGAAUUGCUGUAGAGGAUGUUUCAAAGACAGUUGAACUCAUAAAGGCUAAGGGAGGGAAAGUAACUAGGGAACCAGGUGCCGUUAAAGGGGGAAAGACUGUAAUUGCAUUUAUUGAAGAUCCUGAUGGUUACAAGUUUGAACUUAUAGAGAGGGGUCCAACACCCGAGCCCCUAUGCCAAGUAAUGCUUCGAGUUGGAGAUCUUGAACGUGCCAUAAAUUUUUAUGAGAACGCUUAUGGUAUGAAGCUUCUUCGCACACGUGACAGCCCCGAAUACAAGUAUACAAUAGCUAUGCUGGGAUAUGGUCCAGAAGACACGAAUGCUGUGAUGGAGUUGACGUAUAAUUAUGGUGUCACUGAGUACGACAAGGGAAACGCAUACGCACAGAUCGCUAUAGGCACGGAUGACGUGUACAAGACAGCAGAAGCAAUAAAACUUUGCGGUGGCAAAAUCACCAGAGAGCCAGGUCCUCUACCCGGUAUCAGCACCAAGAUUACAGCAUGCCUCGAUCCUGAUGGUUGGAAGACGGUUUUCGUUGACAAUGUAGAUUUUCUCAAGGAAUUGGAGUAGGCUAUUGUUUUCCGAGGAAAAAAUUACUAGCGAUACAUGAACAUCGCGAGGAUAUUGAUGCUUCAUCAAGUUACAUCCUCGCCUUUGGCACAAAACGAUAUAAGAGGACCACCACGAUAAAGAGCGUAAAAUUGUGCAUUUGUGGAUUGUAUUACAGAAAUUGUUAGCUUCACCAGCAUUAGAAGAAUCGAAGCACGAAAUUGUACAUUUUCGUGUUUUUUUUUUUUGUAAUAAAUUUGUUAAAACUUUUCUAUGCUGCACUUUCUUACAGCAAAAUAGGGGAUCAAAUAAAUCUAUAGUUCAGCAAAAACACUUAGCAAAGUUUGUUCAUGCAAAUUCCAUUGUUGUAAAAAUUGUUCAAUCAAUUUUUUCGUUUUAAUAAGAAUAGUGUCAUUGUUCUGUCUGCA